CACCCCCUUGUCCCCAUGGGCCUUAGCCCACCCAGCCGGCCCAACAUCUCAGCCAGCCCACCUACCCCAUCGGUCGCCUUCGCCUACUGUUCUCCUGGCGCGACCGCUACAGGGACACGUCCCUGUCGGACCAGCUCGCCGGCGCCGCCCCGAGGGGAUAAGGGCGCCGUCCCCUCGACGCCUCGAGCCCUCCCGUCCACUCACCGCUCCCCACUUGCGCCCCCUCGCUCUCUCUCUUGCCCACGCACUCGUCACCUCCUCCAGAUCCAUCGCCAAGCGCGGUCGUUGCCGCUCGCCUCACUCUGCCAUGGCCAGCAGGCACAUCUCGCCUCGCCGUUGCGUCCACAAAGACCGCCGUCGUCCGCUGCGUCUACUACGGAGAUGAAACGAGCCGGAACCCCUUCCAUCGUCGAGCCGGCCCUCUGCUUCCACCUCCGGCCACCGAAGGCCGCCGCCGUCGUUCUGCUGCACCGAGCCUCCCCCGAGCCCGCUCAUGCACAUCUGCAGGUCCGCGACCCUGAGACUGCCGCUGAUGCCGCUAUGUUCGAGUACAUCAACGACGACCCCACCUUGCCAGAGCAACCAGAUGACGGAGUCCAGGAGCCAGAUGACACCUUUGACGACUACUACUACCCCGAGGGUGCCUACUACCACGUGACGAACGCCGACGACCAGGAGUAGUUAGGAGGCUCCCAGGCAGGAGGC